UGUGCACAGGAGUAACUCAAAGUGAACAUACUUUGAGUUGAUUGAACUAAUUCAGAUGGCUGUUCUGGAACUAGAUACGUCAACUCAGAGUUCAUGGAUAAACUCAGAGCUUUUUGAACCUUCUUUCUGGAUUUACUCCCUGGGCGACUGACAACCUACACAGACACGAUACAUACUUAAAUACGCUCACCUUUGUUUUUUGCAGGUUUCUGUAUCUCAACAUGUGGAGAAAAAGUGAGAGGGCCUGCUACUAAACCAGGAGCAGAGACGAACAGCAGCUACUUCUUUCAUCAUCAGGAUCAGGGAUUAUUUGUUCUUCCUUAGUGUCUUCAACAUCACUGGAGAAGAAAGUGAAAAUAGAUAAGAAAAAGUAACACAAAGUGAAUCUGAUUUUCCGGUACUUUUCUGAUAUUCUUCCCUCUUACCCCUUACUGGUGGCUCUCAGAAUGAGCAGCUUGGCGGGAAAACUGGAUCCUCGCAGGAUACAGUGGGGGUCCACAUGGAACACCUUCACAUCCCGGGUCCUGAGGACCAAACCGGUGGAGUCCAUGUUGGAUUCUGCCAUGACUGGUACUGGGUCCCAUGGCACCCGAUUGGCUCGUGUGUUGUCCACAGUGGACCUGGUGUCGCUGGGGGUGGGCAGCUGUGUGGGGACAGGGAUGUAUGUGGUCUCAGGGCUGGUGGCAAAGGAGAUGGCCGGGCCGGGGGUCAUCGUGUCCUUCAUCAUUGCUGCUGUGGCCUCCAUACUGUCAGGAGUGUGUUAUGCAGAGUUUGGCGUCCGCGUGCCUAAGACCACCGGCUCCGCCUACACCUACAGCUACGUGACAGUGGGCGAGUGCGUGGCCUUCUUCAUUGGUUGGAACCUUAUCCUGGAGUAUCUCAUUGGCACUGCAGCGGGAGCGUCGGCUCUGAGCAGCAUGGCCGACUCGCUGGCCAAUCACAGCAUCAGUAACUUCAUGAUUUCACACAUUGGGACUCUCAACGGCCUGGGUAAAGGAGAGCAGUCGUAUCCAGACCUGUUGGCUCUGCUCAUAGCUUUGCUGGUGACGGUGAUUGUAGCUCUGGGAGUGAAGAACUCCGUAGGUUUCAACAACGCCCUGAACGUCAUCAACCUCAUCGUCUGGGUGUUCAUGAUGAUCGCAGGACUCUUCUUUGUCAACGGAGAAAACUGGGAUGAGGGAAGGUUCCUGCCCUUUGGCUGGUCAGGGGUGAUGCAGGGAGCAGCUACCUGUUUCUACGCCUUCAUUGGUUUUGACAUCAUUGCUACAACAGGAGAAGAAGCGAAAAGUCCCAACACGUCCAUCCCGUACGCCAUCACUGCCUCACUCAUCACAUGCCUCACUGCCUAUGUCUCUGUCUCAGUGAUCCUGACUCUGAUGGUUCCCUACAAUGAGAUCGACGCCGACGCCCCACUCAUGGAGAUGUUUGCCGUGCACGGCUGUAUGUUCGCCAAGUACAUCGUAGCAGUCGGCUCCAUAGCUGGACUCACUGUCUCUUUACUGGGUUCCCUCUUCCCAUUGCCCAGAGUCAUUUACGCCAUGGCAGGAGACGGCCUGCUGUUCAAGUUCCUGGCAAAUGUGUCUUCCUACACAGAGACCCCUGCUGUUGCCUGUGUGGUCUCUGGGUUCCUGGCUGCCCUGCUGUCUCUCCUGGUCAGCCUCAGAGACCUGAUAGAGAUGAUGUCCAUAGGAACCCUGCUGGCCUAUACCCUGGUGAGUCUGUGCGUCCUCCUGCUUCGGUACCAGCCUGAGGGCGACAUCCACGGCUUUGUCAAUUUCCUCUCUGAAGAACAGAACAGCAAAAGGAAGGAAGGUGUCUUGGCCGAGUGCGAAAAAGAGGCCUGUUCCCCCACCAGCGAGGCCGACGAGUAUGGAGGUCAGUCCACCAACACCUGCGGAGCCAAAAACCUUCCGUCACUGGGAGACAACGAGAUGCUGAUCGGAAAACCCGAUAAAAAUGCCUACGCUGCCAGUCAUCCAAACUACGGCACAGUGGACAUGACCACUGGAAUUGAAGCAGAGGAGUCGGAGAUGGGGAUGUCCAGACGGCUGAAGAAGCUGAUUGGACCGCGUUACUACACGCUGAGGAUCAGACUGGGUCUGCCAGGAAAGAUGGACAGGCCGACUCCAGCCACUGGGAAAACAGUGACUGUGUGUGUGCUGCUGCUCUUCAUCUUCAUUUUCGCUUUUUGCUCCUUUAUUAUAUUUGGAGCAAGUUUUAUUGGAGAAGGCCACUGGUGGGCGCUGCUGCUGCUCAUCUUCCUCAUGAUCCUGAUCGCCCUCCUCGUCAUCAUCAUCCUCCAGCAGCCUGAGAACCCCAAACGUCUGCCCUACAUGGCGCCCUGUGUGCCCUUCGUCCCUGCCUCGGCCAUGCUGGUCAACAUUUACCUCAUGCUCAAACUGUCAGCCAUCACCUGGAUGAGGUUUUCAAUCUGGUGUUUUGUUGGCGUCCUCAUCUACUUUGGCUACGGCAUGUGGAACAGUACGUUGGAGAUCACGGCCAGAGAAAACGAAGUCCACGCCUCCACCUACCAACGAUAUAACCAGGGCGUGGACGAGGGCUUCUGUGGCUUCGAUGAUGAUUUUUACCCACCCACCACUGAGUCAUGGGGAGCCCCCGGGGGCAGCUCAGGGCUGAGUCCACCCCCACAGGCAAAACCUGAGAAGGAAUCUCAAGAUUGUGGCAGGACCGUGGCCAAUCAUGGCCUUGUUGAGGAAGACGCCAGGGAUUCCUAGAGACUGACUCUGAAGUUUCCCCUGAAUGUACUGCCUUUGUCUGCUGCCUGGGGGACGGGACGAGGAGUGUGAGUGCAUGAAAGUGUGUGUGUGUGUGAGUCAAGGUGUGUGUUCAUGUCUGCAUGUGUACACUUUAUAUGUGCGUAUUUGUGUGUGUCGCACCCUUGGGCUAGAUGGUGGAAGAUUCUAUUGAUGGUUGACGUGGAUCAAAUUCAUGAUCCCAAAAAUCUGGCCCAGGGACCAUUCAUGGCACGUGGGCCAGAUUCAUGAGAACUGAGACAUUGUGUAAUAUCACAACUUCUUUAAGGCCAAUUUUAUUUAAAUUCAUUUUUUACCCAAUUUAAGCCGAAUUCUAUUUUUUAUAUAUCUUUUUAGCUAACCUUUAGCUAUUUCCUUGCUCACUCUCAA